UCCCCUCCUGCAAAGUUGUGCUGCCUGCUUCAGGAUAGUGUGGCCAACACGUGUAGUGCGGACGGAUGAGGCCAAGUGCUCUGGACACGUGAAUUUCGAUUGUUUGCUCCAUUAAUUCAGUAAUAACAGUUUAAGUAAUAUACUGGACGAUAUCAUAAGUUGCAGCACUUCAAAUUAUCUACAUUUGAGUAUUUAUUUGCCAACGUUACUGAUUACCCAUUUUAGGGAAUGUGGCCACAGUCUGACCAUAGGACACCCAACUCAGCAAAGAUCUUCUGUGGUGAUAUGGAUAUCUCAGCCAGUCCCGGUUGAUCCGGUCUGAAAGCAUAUCUUCAUCCAGUGAGCACAGCCAUGAAGUACAUCCUGGUGACUGGUGGUGUGAUCUCUGGCAUUGGAAAGGGCAUCAUUGCCAGCAGUGUGGGUACCAUCCUCAAGUCGUGUGGAUUACACGUGACUGCCAUUAAGAUCGACCCUUAUAUCAACAUUGAUGCAGGCACUUUCUCCCCCUAUGAACAUGGUGAGGUUUUUGUGCUGGAUGAUGGUGGAGAGGUUGAUCUGGAUCUGGGAAACUAUGAGCGUUUCCUAGACAUCCGGCUCACGCGAGACAACAAUCUGACCACAGGAAAAAUCUACCAGUCGGUCAUCAAUAAAGAGCGGAGGGGAGACUACCUGGGCAAGACGGUGCAGGUUGUGCCACACAUCACAGAUGCUAUUCAGGAGUGGGUAAUGCGGCAGGCCCGAGUGCCCGUGGACGAUGAUGACGUGGAGCCACAAGUGUGUGUGAUCGAGCUGGGUGGGACUGUUGGAGACAUUGAGAGCAUGCCUUUCAUCGAAGCCUUCCGGCAGUUCCAGUUCAAAGUGAAGAGAGAGAACUUCUGCAACAUCCACGUCAGCCUCAUCCCACAGCCCAGUGCAACAGGAGAACAGAAGACGAAACCCACUCAGAACAGCGUGAGGGAGUUGAGAGGUCUCGGACUGUCCCCUGACCUGAUCAUGUGCCGGUGUGCCACUCCUUUGGAAAACUCGGUCAAAGAGAAGAUCUCCAUGUUUUGCCAUGUGGAACCCCAACAGGUGAUCUGUGUGCACGACGUCUCGUCCAUCUAUAGAGUUCCGCUCCUGCUGGAGGACCAGGGAGUGGUCGACUACUUCUGCCGCAGACUGGACCUGUCCAUCGAGAUGCGGCCCAGGAAGAUGCUGGCCAAGUGGAAGGAGAUGUCCGACAGGUCUGACCGACUCCUUGAGCACUGUUCUAUUGCCCUGGUUGGGAAAUACACUAAGCUGUCCGACUCCUACGCCUCCGUCAUCAAAUCCCUGGAGCACUCCGCUCUAGCCAUCAGCCACAAACUGGACAUCAAGUAUAUUGACUCUGCAGAUCUGGAGGCUGCUACCCUGCAGGAGGAGCCGGUGAAGUACCACGAGGCCUGGCAGAAGCUGUGCAGUGCAGAUGGCAUCCUGGUACCUGGGGGCUUCGGCGUACGAGGAACUGAAGGAAAGAUUGAAGCCAUCAGUUGGGCGAGAAAACAGAAGAAGCCAUUCCUAGGUGUGUGCUUGGGUAUGCAGCUGGCCGUGUGUGAGUUUGCAAGAAACAUGCUUGGCUGGACAGAUGCCAACUCUACAGAAUUCGACCCGGAUUCCAAACACCCGGUGGUGAUUGACAUGCCAGAACACAAUCCAGGGCAAAUGGGUGGGACCAUGAGGCUUGGAAAGAGACGCACCAUAUUCAAGACCAAGUCCUGUAUAUUAAGAAAACUGUAUGGCGACGUCGACUUUGUUGAUGAAAGACAUAGACAUCGUUUUGAAGUGAACCCAGAGCUAAAACAUCACUUUGAGGAGAAGGGCUUUCACUUUGUAGGCCAGGAUGUGGAGGGAGAGAGGAUGGAAAUUAUUGAACUAGAUGAUCACCCGUAUUUCGUAGGGGUGCAGUACCACCCGGAAUUCACCUCCAGACCCAUCAAGCCUUCACCUCCUUACUUUGGACUUCUGCUCGCCGCUGCAGGGAAACUACACAGCUACCUCCAGAGAGGCUGCCGCCUGUCGCCACGAGACACCUAUAGUGACCGCAGUGGCAGCAGUUCCCCAGACUCCGAGAUCGCCGAACUCAAAUUACCCAGCAUUGCUCAGGACUGACCCACUGGUGGAGAUCAAGGGCGUGGCGAUUUUUACAGUGACUCGGAUGCACUGACGUACAGGGAUGGACGCCUUGGGGAACUCGGACCUCGGAUUUUAAAUGCCGCCUUCUUUUUUUCAUUUCCUUUCCUUUUAUUUCUCUUGCACAAGUUGUGAUAUCAAACCGUGGUUCUUUUUAUAUUUGUAUAGAUUUGUAACGGCGCGUUAGUUUUCAGCUUCUCAUUACUACUAUGGAUUCCAGACGUUAUCAUCCAUGCUUUUUAAACACUAGCUAGGCUAGUAACAAACCUGGUCAGAUAUCAGUUGAAUUGUACAUUGUGUGUGCAUAUAUAUUUUCAGGUUAAUUUCCCAGAUCUUUUCAUCGUACUCUGUGGUCAUUCAUUGUAUUUAAGUCUGUAUUCUUUUGUGUGAAAACCGUAUUAACAAAAGGUCAUACUGACUCUGA